GGGGAGGAUGCAGACACCGAGGCUGGCGAUGAGGAUGGAGGCCGGGGAGGCAGCGCCACCGGUGGGGGCGGGCGGCCGAGCCGGGGGCGGCUGGGGCAAGUGGGUGCGGCUGAACGUAGGGGGCACGGUGUUCCUGACCACCCGCCAGACGCUGUGCCGGGAGCAGAAGUCCUUCCUCAGCCGCCUGUGCCAAGGCGAAGAGCUGCAGUCGGAUCGGGAUGAGACCGGGGCCUACCUCAUUGACCGUGACCCCACCUACUUCGGGCCCAUAUUGAACUUCCUCAGGCAUGGCAAGCUGGUGCUGGACAAGGAUAUGGCUGAGGAGGGGGUCCUGGAGGAAGCUGAGUUCUACAACAUUGGCCCCCUGAUCCGAAUCAUCAAAGACAGGAUGGAGGAGAAAGACUACACAGUGACCCAGGUGCCACCCAAGCAUGUGUACCGUGUGCUACAAUGCCAGGAGGAAGAGCUCACGCAGAUGGUCUCCACCAUGUCUGAUGGCUGGCGCUUCGAGCAGCUGGUGAACAUCGGCUCCUCUUACAACUAUGGCAGCGAGGACCAGGCCGAGUUCCUGUGUGUGGUGUCUAAGGAACUCCACAGCUCCCCACACGGCCUAAGCUCAGAGUCCAGCCGUAAGACCAAGCCCUGUCAUCUCAGGAUCCCGCUAACCUUUUCUCCCUCCCACCACCGCCUCCUCCUCCUCCGCUUCCUGCUGGAGGUCCUGCUUCAUCUUCAUCUACCUCCUCUUCCUCCUGGAUCUCAUCUGCACCCUGCCUCUUCCCUCUCUGCCCCUGCCCAGGUUUCCUCUCCGCCUGCUCCCGUCUCCACCCUGGGGCUGCCCUAGUCCCGGUCUCCCGUGCCCUCUCCCCGGGCCCCCUGGCCCUGCAUCCCCAAGCAUCCUCCUGCCUGCCGCCUCCUGCGCCCCUUCCGGCCCCUUCUGCCUCCUGGCCUGGGGAGGAGGGGCGUGGCCGCAUCUGCUCUAUGUCCUCCAACCCAGCAGGACACCUCUGAGGCUGGCCUUGGCCACAGGCCCCACUCUUCCCGCUUGCCUCCUCACGUUUCCUCCUUGCAGGUCCCUGUCCGCACCCUCCCAGACCCAAGCCUGAGCUUGCUGUGAGAGCUCCUCGGCCCCGCGCCCGCCCCCAGAGCUGCCGCCCCUGGUUUGUAGCCUGGCAGAGCUGGAGGGAGGGGCGGAAGCAAGGAGGGUGCUCCUAAUCUUGUCUUUGGACUUGAGCCGAGCUUUUGGCUGAUUCUCUCUCCACCCACCUAACUCUCUCAACUUAUCUGGGCCUUGGGGUGAGGCCCCGAGAACUGACAAAGCCCAGAGGUGGAGACUCUUGUACCUGCCUGCCUGUAGUCAGUCGGCAUUGGAGCCAGGCGUGGGGGAGGGGAGGACUAGCCGUGUGCCUCUGCCCCACCCACCACGCAUGUCUAGAAGCUCGUGCAGCACUGCAUGUGGGUACUGUGUCCCCCUAGUUCUGUGGAGUGGGUGGCCAGGCCACAUGUGAUGUCCCUUGGCUGAUGAGUUGGCAAGAGCCUGCCAAGGAUUGGAGCGUGGCAGGAAAAGACCUGAUCUCUGACUGGGUGACAGUAGCCCCCAGUCAGCCCGAUCUCCCUGAGUGACCUUGGGCAGGUCACUGCCUCUCUCUGGGCCACAGUUGGAUUCUAAGAUGGGGCGAACAGCUGCUUCCGGUGGCCCCUUUUUGCCUGGGAAAGCAGUGAUCGACCCCUCCUAUCCCGCCCCCUCCCCCACUGGGCUGCCACCACCACCAGCCCAAGACUGGCAGUUUCUCCCCUCCUCGGUCCUGACUCCACCUCCUUUGGGCCUCAGCCCCACCCCUCCUCCAGAGCCAGCCUGGGACUCACUUGCCUUUCUCUCUCCCUCUCUCCCUCUCUCCCUCCCCCCCCCCCUUACUCUCCCCAACUUUCCUGUCCCGGCAUCCCCCUGUCCUCACCCUCCACCCUGGUUUUCUGACCCCCCUCUCCUCUUCCUCUGUCCCUCCCCUCUCUUAUUUUCUAGCUAUUACAAGCCAGAGGCACCCGGAUGUGAGCCCCCAGAUCACCUCCAGGGACUUGGGGUUCCGAUCUGAAAUCCUUUAUUUUUGUACCACGGGGUGGGCCCCCGGCCCGAGGAGGAAGACUUGCCCUGUCCCUUGUCACUGCUGCCUGCCUCUGCCGGGCAGGGACUCAAUCCUGCCUCCAGGCCCAGGCCUGGGGCCCUCGGGGACCUUGGAAGGCCUGAGGUGGGUCCUGGGCUCUCCAGGCAGAGUCACCUGCCCAUGGCCAAAGUGUGGCACUGCCCACUCCUGUCUCCCAGGCCCUUUUGUCCCCUCGCCUGGGUCCCUUUGCUGCAUGGCAGAUACACUCCCUCCCGUCCUGUCAUAGCACCUCCUUGAGCCUCUGUCUCCAUGGCACCCCCUCCUCCCACCUACCUCACAGGGGUGUUGUGAGGACCAGGGAGGAAGGGGGAUCCUGGAAGCCCUAAGUGUCUGGGUCUGCAGCCCGUUACCUUCUAGGGGGAGGGACUCUAGCCUGGCCCCCAAGUGGGACAAUGACGGCUUCAGAUACGGGGUAGGGACCAUGCGAGGACUUAGCCAAGCAGGAAGGGAGGUACAGACUUGGCAUCACCUUGGCGGCCCCCCCCCCCCUGUGCCACGAUGUGUUUGGCGGCAGAGUGCCCUGGCGAGUCGCGAGGCUGCCCCGGGGACUUGUGAUGGGGAAGGGGUCGGGUGUGAUAGGGGCUGAGCUGCCCCUCCCGUGUCUCCACCACCUGGGAUGGGCACACAUCUGUCCGUGGUGUCCCACCCGCCAUGAAAUAAACCUGAAUGAACAGGC